GAAAGAUAUCAAGCCAAUUUGCUCAGAUUUUAAAGGGUUAAAGGUCUGAGCACGUCCUCCGUUACAGCAUGUCCUGCUGGUCAACAUCAGUCACACAUUAAGAGUGUAAAUAUUAAAUAUAUAUGCAGAUUGAUCUUUGUGUAUUUUCCAGCAUCUAACAGAUAAGCAACUACAUCCUCCACUGCUCCCUCUAAAUCUGUGCUGUUAUGUUGAAUUAUUCACCUGAACUAUAAUUAGACUUUUUCCAUUUAGUAGCUCUUAAGGCACAAUCCAUCUCUCUUAUGAAGAACCUUUUUUUGCAAGGAUAAUGUAAUUUUAAUCUUAGGAUUCCAGUUAUCUUACACCGCUGUAGUUGCAAAGAAACAUGUUUUUUUUAUACAUACACCACUUCACUUUUCACACCUUUUCACUUUGUGUAGCCACUGAUGUUUUUGUCACGCCACUUGAUAAUCUAGAUUAUGUGUGAAUCAGCUGGAAACUCUUGGUUAACCUUUGCAAAGCUAUAAUAACCAUAAACACUCAAGGUCAUCUUCACACUCUGUUUUAAGUUAUUUUCAUUCUUCUCCUGUCUCUCGUCUUCCACCCGCUGUCGCUGAUUUCCCUGGUGGAAAUGCUUCAUUAAAGCGCCAGAGUUUAGUGUGUACACAUUAGAGAUGGAGAUGGUGAGAGCAGUCGCCACCUCCACGUGUUCACACACUCUCCCAACUCAGUCACAUGGAGGAACAGAGGGACACACGCGCAGAGAAAACUCCUCAUUAACUAAUGAGCAGGAUGCUAACGACUGCCUACACACACACACACACACAUGCACUGAUUAUCUCAUCCUAUAAUAGAGUGUCAUCGCCCACUGCGCUCUGAUCACACAGCUGUAUUCUCUCUCUCCAUUCAUGAAGUGAAACUCCUUUGGUGGCCGACUCGACUCUUCAGGAUGGAGGCGGUGGCUCUUUUCUCUUUCACAGCAUCAGAAGCAGACGAAAUCAGUUUUCAGGAAGGGGACAUCAUCAAGGUGACAGAAAUGGAGGAUGAUUCUUGCUGGGUCACAGCAGAGAUCCAGGGGAAGCGUGGCUACGUGCCAGAGAACUACAUUUCACUCCUUCCUUAUCCGUGGUUUGCAGGACGGGUAUCAAGACUUGAGGCAGAAAAGCGUCUGCGCUGGCAGGACACUGGAGUGUUCCUGGUGAGGGAGAGUGAGUCAGCUCCUGGAGAGUUUUCCGUCUCUGUUAGCUAUGGUGAGAGGGUGGAGCAUUUCCGAGUGCUGGAGGGGGGCGGUCAGUACUGCAUCUGGGACGAGUCAUUUUGCUCCCUCAACCGGUUGGUGGAUUUCUACAGAACUCACAGCAUCGCCGUGGAGAAAGUGGUCCUCCUCAAAGACCCACCUCCAUCCCCUCGCCUGCUGUCCCACCCUGGACGUAACCCGUACCCCAACCCUUAUAAAAGCAGCUCUCAGGAGUCCCUCCUCUCAGCCCGCCUCUACUCUCACCCAGAGCGGGAGUCCUCCCGGCGUCUGCCUGAACCAGUUGUCGGGAAACCUCGUCUGGCUCACGCCCUCUGUGACUACACCCCCCCUCAGACAGCCCAUCUCCACUUCCUGCGUGGUGACAUCAUCGACCUGCUGGACUGCUCAAGCUCACUGUCCUGGAGGGGGCGCUGUCGAGGCCGAGUAGGAAUCUUUCCACCAGAAUACGUCCAGCCGCUGUACCACUGACACCAUAUCAAACUGUAUCACUGACACUUAUCUUUAAGGCUGUUGUGACUCACCUUUCUUAUCCUGUGACCUAACCAGUGAUGAAACAAUUUGACAGAUAAUGGAUUAGUUCAUCGACCAUUAACAACUAUUUAACAAUCAACUUACAGCAAAAUUAACUGCUGCCAAGUCACCAGAAUAAAAUGUUGUGGUGUUGUUUCUGUAAACCAUGGAUUCAUUGAAUCAUAUCUAUGUUUCAAAAGUGAUGUAUUUCAGAUUACAUGCGUAUAAACUGAGUUUCACACCACUAGGAGCAGGGGAUGAUGGGUAGUGUGACGACUCAGCAAGAGGGAGGGCCAGACAGCUGACAGCAGCAGACCACUGUUCCACACCAACACACAUCAAACUGUGCAUUUACUUUUAACAAGAAGUCAGGAUAUUUUCAGCCAUAGCUUUGGCAACAAAACCAGUUAUUUUUAAUGAGAUGUUAGGAAAUUUUUAGCCCUGUUUGCAUCAAAGAAAACCAGGCAUUUUUUAACAUGAUGUAGGGACAUUUACAGCUGUGUUUAGCCAAAAUAUGAUCUUUUCCUCACCCUAACCAAGUGUUUUUUUUUGCGUUAACUAACCACAGCACUGUCACAACAUAUGAAAUGUACAACUUCAACAUAAAAAUCUUAUAUGUAACAUAUCCAUGGUUUGCAGAAAUGCCAACAUAUAUUCUUGCAGUUGGUUUGUUAACUGAUUACAAGCUCUGUGAUCCUGUUUGAAAACAGUAUUUUCUGCUAUUGUAUAUUUCACAUGAGAGAGCUCCCUGGUUUGAAGCAGGCAGGUUUUCAAUGAUGUCACGUAUUUGCACCAAUCAGGAUUUAGCAACAUUUCAAUCAGAUGUGUGUUGAUGGUUUGUUUGGUUGCUGUUAAUCAAGUCUGAUUAAAACCACAUGCACACAGUCCUAAAUAGUACCUAAGGAGUUUUCUUUAGUUUGAUUAUUUCUUAUUUGGGCAAAAAUAAUUAUUGCAGAGGGCUGCAAGUUUGAAAAUGAAAAAACUCCUACCAAUCCUCUGCAGCUCACUCCUCAUCACUGUUGAGGUAAGUGGCUCAAAGCUACAUUAGCAUAACAGAUUA